UAAAGAGAAAGCUUUUUGAUGAAAAUGGAUUUCCAUUGGUUAAUAUGCAAGCUUUUGCUAAUGAAGAAUUCAAAGUUUCUGGCGAAAUAAUUGCUUCUUCUAUUGUUCAAGGAGGACCAGCUGCUUGUUUGUUUUCUUCACAGGUGUAUGAUUACAUAGUGCAUGGAAUCUCUAGAGUACAAGCACAUAGCUGGAGUGGACAACUGCAGGAUGAAUCAAUUAAGACGACUAUUGAAAAGAUCAAAUCUUGUGUGAGCAAUGAUGAUUUAGUUGCCCUUCUGAACAAAGACUCAACAAUGGAUGUUUUGCAACUUAUUGGUUACUGUGGAAUUCCUUCUAAAGAGACAAUGCAAACAAGUGACAAGAUAAUUCGAUCUCUGGUCAUUACAGGUGUGUCUAAAAUUCUUACUAUGGUCGAUCAGUUGAUCUCAGGUCUUGAGUCAUAUGGAGUUUUGGCUGAAUUACGCAAAAACAAUAAAGUUAUGGAACCAUUGGUCACAAUAAAUGAAGCAAAAAAAUUUCUGGUCACAUCUGACCUGCUUCUUGAUCACCUAUUAAUAGAAGGCAGCCCUGAAGGAAGCAAUAAGAAAUUGCUGGAAAUCAAUAUUCACAAGUUCUUUUGCGAUUACAUUCAAUUGGUCGAAACAAGAGAAGGAAAUGACUUGUCUGCAUUAUACAAGUUCAUAACUGGAGCACAAACAGUUACUCCACUUGGCAUGGAAAAACACAUCACUAUCAAAUUUAAACAUGGAUGUGAGGCUGGAUGUAGAUGUAGACCAACAGCCUCCACCUGUGACCCUAGCUUAACCUUCCCUGUUCAUAUUGAUGAUUCAAAGCAGUUUACAGAAUUAAUGGAUGCAGCUCUUGCAGAAAGUGCUGGUUUUGGCUUUGUUUAAAUGAACUGCAUUUUCUGAAAACACAUGACAGGAAAUAUCACCUUUCAAAGGUAUUAGCACUUAAUUAAACGUUUUUCCUAUCAAGUUUAAAUUUGUAUGUUUUUUAUACACAAUGUUCUAUAACAUUU